GUUUGAAUGAGAGAAGGUAACGGACAAUCCAUAUCUGUAUUCACUUCACAGGAAAAAUUAGAGAAAAUCGGUCGAUUUUAAAAACAGAAGUAGUAUAGUUAAUAGUAUAUUAUUCAUUACAAAUUGAGAAAGCACAAAUACAACCCUUAUCUUUGUAGGAGCAUUAGCUUAAACACCCUUGUCCGUUGUCUUCUCUUCAAUCUUCAUCUCUUUUUCCUCUCUCUUCCUGGUUCUUAUCUUCCAUACCCAGAACAUCUCUAAGAAACAUCAAUGGUGUUGCCGCAAUGUUUAAGUGGAGCAACCUUCUACACUCUGAAAAUGGCGGCCUUACCUUCCCCUUCUCUUUUCAGACCCCUUUUCAAUACCCCAUCUCUUAACCCUCUUCUUCUUUCUCGCCCUUUGAAACACUCUCAUCUUCAACUCUCUUUGCUCUUUAAAACCUUUUCUCUUUCCUCUUUUUCCACCCAAGCAAUUCCCACCAUUGCCGACCCUUCCGAAACAGGGGUGAAGACAAAAUGGAAAGCAGCUAUUGAUUUUAAGUGGAUUAGAGAUAACAAAGAUUCAGUUGCUGCUAAUAUAAAGAACAGGAAUUCUACUGCUAAUUUGGACUUGGUUCUUGAGCUUUAUGAAAAUAUGCUUACUCUUCAGAAGGAGGUUGAGCAACUUCGAGGAGAAAGAAAUACAGUGGCAAACAAAAUGAAAGGAAAAAUGGAACCAUCUGAACGUCAGAAGCUAGUAGAAGAAGGUAAGAACUUGAAGGAAAAACUUGCCUUCCUGGAGGAAGAUCUCAUCAGACUAACAGAUGAGCUUCAACAGGAAGCACAAUGUAUUCCAAACAUGACUCAUCCGGAUGUGCCUAUAGGAGAUGAAGAUUGUUCCGCAUUGAGAAAAAUGGUUGGCAGCUCUCGUGACUUUGGCUUUCCCAUCAAGGAUCACAUUGAUCUCGGCAAAGAGCUUGGCCUUUUUGAUUUUGAUGCUGCAGCAGAGGUCAGUGGAUCCAAAUUUUACUACCUGAAAAAUGAAGCCGUCCUGCUAGAAAUGGCUCUUAUUAACUGGACUCUCUCUGAAGUUACAAAAAGAGGUUUUAUCCCUUUGACAACCCCGGAAAUUGUGAGGGCUCCUGUUCUUGAAAAAUGUGGGUUUCAACCUCGGGCAGAGAAUACACAGGUUUAUACUAUUGCAGGUUCUGAUCAGUGCCUCAUUGGCACUGCUGAAAUACCGAUCGGAGGACUUCAUAUGGAUUCAAUUCUUUCGGAAUCAUCAUUACCGUUGAAGUAUGUUGCUUAUUCACAUUGCUUCCGAACUGAGGCCGGGGCUGCUGGUGCAGCAACAAGAGGCCUUUACCGAGUGCAUCAAUUUAGCAAGAUUGAAAUGUUCAUACUGUGUAAACCAGAGGACAGUGAUAAAUAUCUUGAAGAGCUAAUAGGAAUCGAAGAUCAUCUCUUUUCAUCCUUGGGUUUACACUACAAAAUCCUGGAUAUGGCAUCUUCAGAUCUAGGUGCUCCUGCUUUCCGUAAAUUUGAUGUGGAAGCAUGGAUGCCGGGAUUGGGACGUUAUGGUGAGAUUUCAAGUGCUUCAAACUGUACGGACUACCAAAGUCGGCGCUUAGGGAUCCGAUACCGUCCAGAAUCGGCGUCUGUGAAUCAGAAGAAAUCUAAGAAUGCUCCAACGCAGUAUGUACACACACUAAAUGCAACAGCAUGUGCAGUACCACGCAUGAUUGUGUGUUUACUGGAGAAUUACCAACAAGAAGAUGGCUCUGUUCUUAUUCCUGAGCCAUUGAGACCCUUCAUGGGGGGGAUUGAUCACAUAGCUUAUAAAUUUCGAUAGGAGUACGAGCAUACUUUUUCUUGAGAAAAUACUUCUUUUGAAGUUAUCAAGUUAGUUUAUUUUUCGAUUUAUGAAUGAUAUAUAUUUGCUAUUUUUUAUCUUGAUACGGUUUGCAAUGAAAUAAUAUUUGUCAUAGUUCAAAGAUGUCUUAUUAGCCACUUUUGGUUAUUUUUGUGGUAAA